AUGGAGCCGGCGGUGCUGGCCUCGCACAACCUCCCGCACCACGAGCCAAUCAGCUUCGGAAUCGAUCAGAUCCUGAGCUGCCCGGAACCCCCCGGGAGCGGCCUAGGCCCGGGUCGAGCGGGCCAGGGCCAUGGGGAGAGUGCGGCGUUCUCGGGUGGAUUUCACGGAGCCUCAAGCUACGGUCCCGCGGGCUCGCUGGCCCCGCUACCAGGCAGCUCUGGUGUGGGCCCGGGCGGCGUGAUCCGCGUCCCGGCGCACCGCCCGCUGCCAGUGCAGCCGCCCGCGGGAGGCGCGCCUGCUGUUCCUGGACCCUCGGGUUUGGGCGGCGCCGGGGGCCUAGCGGGACUCACCUUCCCUUGGAUGGACAGCGGCCGCCGCUAUGCCAAGGACCGGCUCACUGCGGCGCUCUCGCCCUUCUCCGGGACGCGCCGUAUAGGUCACCCCUACCAAAACCGGACCCCCCCAAAGCGGAAGAAGCCGCGCACAUCCUUCUCCCGCUCGCAGGUGCUGGAGCUGGAGCGGCGCUUCCUGCGCCAGAAGUACCUGGCCUCGGCCGAGAGGGCGGCGCUGGCCAAGGCCCUGCGCAUGACCGACGCGCAGGUCAAGACGUGGUUCCAGAACCGGCGCACCAAGUGGCGGCGCCAGACGGCCGAGGAGCGCGAGGCAGAGCGGCACCGUGCGGGCCGACUGCUUCUGCACCUCCAGCAGGACGCACUACCGCGGCCGCUACGGCCGCCGCUGCCCCCGGACCCGCUCUGCCUGCACAACUCGUCGCUCUUCGCGCUGCAGAACCUGCAGCCCUGGGCCGAGGACAACAAGGUGGCUUCCGUGUCCGGGCUCGCCUCAGUGGUGUGAGCGACGCCUGCCCGACCGGCCGGGCGCUCUUUUCCGGACCGAGGCGCUGCGUGGAGCCCCGGGCCCGGGGCCUUGGAGCGCACGGCCGCCCACCCCGUGGUUCCGUAGCAGUGGAGCGUGUGAGGAGGAGGUGGCCUUGAGGCUAUCGUCGAGGGCUCCUCGGCCACUGCCGGCUCCC